AUGCAAUACAUUUUUGAUUUUCAAACGAAGAACAUGUGUAUCCUCGCACUCGACGAAAACCGGGAUCAAAGUUAUUGAGACAAAAGUGAAAACAUUUCAAACACAAAUAUUUCUGCAAUUUAAAUUGCUUUAAUUUUUCUCACACAGAAACCAUUUCAAAGUUACGGUGCAGUGUAGUGAAAAAUCGACAGAUUAAUCAAAGGUUUCACUCUAAUAUCUGUAACUGUGAACAAAAUUAUUUCGAGAAAGAAAAAAAGAGAAACAUAGGAAAAAGGCAAGAGAGAACAAGACAUGUUCAGAAUUUAAGUGUGCAAAAAGAAUAAAAUAAAAUCAUAUUGCGUAGUGUUUUAAUAAAAAGAAAAAAUCAAAAUAAACAUUCAGACUUUAUCUUAAUCUGAAAUCAAAAUAAUUUGGAAAAUCUAAAAAAGUUGAAGUUAUAAUUUCAAUAAUUUGAUUCUUCGAAAGAUUAAUUUCAGUGAACAUAAAUCGAGAAGGAAUAAUCAAACAGCGACAAUAUGAAAUAAAUUUUUAUUAUUUAUUAAAAGUUUAUUGAAUGUUAAUAACAUCGAUUAAAUAAUUUUAACUUCCUAUUUCCAAUAAUCUUCCAAUAUUUAAGAUGCUCUCUUAUAUGUUACCCGUUGAAGAGAAAUCUCAAAAUCCUCGAAAUUUGAGCUUAAAUCUCAAUAUUCCAAAUUCAGGACAUAUGCAAACUUCAUCUGAAAUCAAUCAACAGGAACGAGAUGAUUUGAUUGAUGAGAAUACUAAACUUUUAAGUAUCGAGAGACAAGAUUACACUGCAAUUCUUGAUAGCAAAGGAAAUUUGAAUGGAAACAGCAAUAAAUAUAAUUACAACAUGAAUAUAACCAAUAAUAACUUAUGUAGUGAAAAUAUUUUAAAACCUAACGACAACAAAACAAUCAUUAAGAAUGGAAUUUCCAGUAAAAGCGAAGAUUACACAGACACCGAGUUAGCAACAAUAAGUGAAACCAAUGUGAAUAAUAAUGACGAAUCAAUCAGCAGCAGUAAUGAUAAAAAAAUAAUCAAAAUGUCUAAAUUAGGAACCAAAAACGUCACUUUGAAAAGAGUCUCCUUUGGAUCUUCAAAAGGUUCAAUGGUUGAAACUUUAAUAUUUGAAACACCUACUCCAUUACAAGAGAACGAUGAACGACAGUUCUUUUCAUCAGCAGCCGAACCAGAGUCAGCUAACCAGGAGAAUGGACUGAAUGAUAGUGGCAUUGAGAUGCAAGAAGAAUUAGAACGCUCGAAAGUGCGCGUAACUUUUUUCCAAAGCAGCAAGCCGCAACAAAUCAGCCCUCCCUGCAGCGAUAAUCAAUUCUAUUUCGGUGAUAAUUAUUUUAACAACAACUCAUUAAUAGAUUCCUUCUUACUAAACUCAUCGGCGAACGAAGGAGAUAUUAGCAAAAUGACGGCAGUUAUUCCAACAGAUUACAAUAGACAACUCAGUACUGACUCAGGAUGGGACAAUCCAUUUAGACCUGAUGGCGAUUUGUCACGAGAGGCUGAUGAGAUAGUGAACCUCAUUAAAGGUGGAAAGCCAAUAACUCCAACGGGUGAACAUUUAUUAGUUAAUGAAAGUCAUAGUGAAGAAAGUCAUGAAAAGAAUGGGAAAAUAGUUGUUGAUGGUGCGACAAAACUUGAGGUGUCGCCACUUCAGAGCCAACCUAAUGGUACUAAGUCACCUCAAAAGGGUUCAGCCAACGGCGAUGCAGCAAAAGAGUCACAACCCCAAGUCUCUAAUCAAACUGUUCCUGGGCCACAAACAGCAAGUUCCGUGGUAAUCGACGAAAAAAAGAAGAAAAAUUGCAAGUGUUGUGUGAUUCAAUAGAAGGUCCCUGGGCUGCUUUUUUAAUUCUGGUCAUGUUUUGAAACUUCUUAUAUCUAAAGAUUCUUUCCUUAAGUUCAGCAUUUUAAGCAGCAAAAUCUUUUUAUUAUUUAACUCAUAAACUUAAAUUUAAAUGCUGAAUCAAAAAGAAGGCCAAUCAUCAUUUUUGUUUGCGAAAGUUCGCCUUCAUCGAGUCGAUGUAACUCCAUGUUUAGUGAUAAUCAUGACAAAAGCGAAAACAAAAAAGAGAAGAAGAAAAUCAAAACAAAAAAGUUUGACGAUGAACAUACUCGAGUUCAGAUAUCUUAGCUUAAUGAUUAACAUAAAUUCAUACAAACAAUUCAUCGUUUCUUUCUUUUUCUCUUGUUAAAGUAAAAGAAACAAAAAACCAAAUAAAAAUUUAACUUUUAUAUUUCUUUUGAGAAUCUAAUUGCAAAAUUUAAAAAGUUUCGUUUAAAUAAGUCGUGUUUCUUAGAAUAUUUAUAAAUUUUUUACAGAAAUUAAAUCAUUGAUGCUUGAUCAAUGACAGAGGUGAUGGCAAGAAGGUUUUCUUGGAAAUCUAUUAAAACUUUUAAGUGUCACUUCUUUCUGAAAAAGUGUCAUUAAGACCUAAGCUGAUCACCACGAAAAAUUAAUAACACUCGCAGAUAUUUCAUUAAUUCUCUCUUAAAUCUGAAGAUUCUCAAAUAAUUUUUUGUUUUAAAAGUUUUUCAAAUUUGUCAACUUUUUUUAUAAGAUAAAAAGUGAAAUCAAAACAUUGAAGAACAUCUCUGACCACUCGAUUGAUUUUGUUACAAUAUCAAUGAUAUGAGAAUAAAAAAAUAAUAAAUUUAGUCUGUAUUCAUGUGUAACGCUACUUAUUGCUAGGAGAAACAAAAAAAAAUUGAAAUGAAAACUUUUUAAGUUUUCUAAAAUAUCUAAAAAUAAUUACUGUGCUUCACGUUUACAUGAUAUCCAUUUAAAUUCAAAACAUUUUCCAUCAUUAACAUUUUUCGUUAUUCUAUUUAAUUUUAUGUCAUAUUUAUUUUGUCAAUCAAUCGACAUUCUCACAUUUCCACAAUUAUAAGAAGAAAAACACACAACAAACAUUUAUGAAAAGGUCAAAAAAUAUUUCAAGAGCAGAAGUGAUGGAAGAAUUAUUUUAAAAAUGUAUAACUGUUAAUUCAUCACAAAACAAAAUGAGAAAUGAAAAAUUUUUGAGAAAAAUAUUUUAUAAAUAAAUAAAUUAAAAUUAUAAAAUAACUGUUGAGUAAAUUUUAAGCUAUGACUUCCACCAAACAAGUGGAAAAUUAAGUAUGUGCUUAUAUUGCAAAUCAGACCUUUAAAAAAUGCUUAAAGUCCUAGUUAAACGCCUUGGAAUGUAAUUUACUGGAAGAAUGGGAAUGUCGAUUUCUAAAAGAUAAAAGUUUGAAAAAUAGUAACAAGCGAUCGAUUGAUUCGAAAAGAGAAAACUAAGUAAGAAUUCGACCAACUCUAAUCAGAUUUAAUAAUAUUUCUCUCACAUUUUAUUAUUUUAUAUGUUGAUGCGGGAGCUUACAAGAAAAAUGAAUGAAAAUCAAACAAGAAGCAAGAAAUAAACAUAAAAAUAAUUUUAAGCAGUGACAUUAGUUUUUCUAAAGUAACGAUUUUUGUGAAAUGUUGGAUAAAUAGGAAAGGAACGAAAACGAUAAGAAUGAUGCCCGACGAGUUAUGAUGAUAAUCUCAAUCAGAUUAUUUCUCAUGUUGUAUUGGAAAAUACUUAUGAAGAUAAUUUCAAGAAACUCAAAAAAGGGAAGAAUUAAUAGUGAUAAAUUUAAUUCGAAAAAGAAAAAUAAAGGUUUUCCAAUAAUCUGCAUGAUACAACGCGUGAAAAGCUUUUUCAGAAUCUUUCGUUCAAUUGCAUAGUUUUGAAAGUAAGUCUUUAAAAUGCAGAUUAAAAUCUUGGACUAAAAAAUGUAAACAGAUUAAAUUCAAAUAAAGAAAAUGAUUAAAAAAUCAAACUAGGUAUUUCUUUUAUUAUUUUAAUUUUC